GGACACCUGGAGCUGAGCGGGCCGCGACCUGCUUGCAGGUGGAGGUGUGCAAAGAUGGAAUUUCAAGCAGUAGUGAUGGCGGUUGGAGGAGGAUCUCGAAUGACAGACCUGACUUCCAGCAUUCCCAAACCUCUGCUUCCGGUUGGAAACAAACCUUUAAUUUGGUACCCGUUGAACCUGCUUGAGCGCGUUGGAUUUGAAGAGGUCAUUGUCAUUACAACCAGAGAUGUCCAAAAGGCGCUAAGUGCAGAACUGAAGAUGAAAAUGAAGACAGAUAUUGUGUGUAUUUCUGAUGAAGCUGACAUGGGAACUGCAGAUUCUCUGCGCCACAUAUAUCCAAAACUUAAGACAGAUGUGCUGGUCCUGAGUUGUGAUUUGAUAACAGAUGUCGCUUUACAUGAAGUUGUGGACCUGUUCAGAGCUCAUAAUGCAUCGCUUGCCAUGUUAAUGAGAAAAGGCCAAGAUUGUUUACAACCAGUUCCAGGUCAAAAAGGGAAAAAGAAAGCAGUGGAGCAGCGUGAUUUCAUUGGAGUGGACAGCACAGGAAAGAGGCUGCUCUUUAUGGCCAAUGAAGCCGACUUGGAUGAAGAACUGGUUAUUAAGGGAUCCAUCCUGCAGAAGCACCCUAGAAUACGUUUUCACACUGGCCUUGUGGAUGCCCAUCUCUACUGCCUGAAAAAAUACGUGGUGGACUUCCUGAUGGAAAACAAGACCAUCACUUCCAUCCGGAGUGAGCUGAUUCCAUACCUAGUAAGAAAACAGUUCUCCUCAGCUGCUUCACAACAAGGACAAGAAGAAAAAGAAGAGGAUCUAAAGAAAAAGGAACUAAAGUCCAAAGAUAUUUACGAUUUUAUGAAAGAAGCUCCCUGUGAUCCCUGCUGGAAUGCCUAUCGUGGAGACAACUGGGAAGACUUUUCCAGGUCCCGAGUCCGAUGCUAUGUACACAUCAUGAAGGAGGGGAUCUGCUCUCGAGUGAGCACCCUGGGGCUCUACAUGGAAGCAAAUAGACAGGUGCCUAAAUUGCUGCCUAUUCUCUGUCCGGAAGAAUCACUGGUCCAUUCAUCAGCACAGAUUGUAAACAAACAUCUGGUUGGAGUUCACAGCCUCAUUGGGCCAGAUACACAAGUUGGAGAGAAGUCAUCUAUUAAGACUUCAGUCAUUGGCUCAUCCUGUGUCAUAAGAGACAGAGUGACUAUCACCAAUUGCCUUCUCAUGAACUCAGUCACUGUGGAGGAAGGAAGCAACAUCCAGGGAUGCGUCAUCUGCAACAAUGCUGUGAUUGAAAAGGGAGCAGAAGUCAAGGACUGCCUUGUCGGGAAUGGCCAACGGAUCGAAGCGAAAGCCAAACGAAUAAAUGAGGUAAUCGUGGGGAAUGACCAGCUUAUGGAGAUUUGACUUCUGAGAAAGUCAUUGUCCUGCCUUCGACCCUAUGGACUACAGAUGUUGGCUGGCCCACCUAUG